UCGUUUUCUUUUUCAAAUCUCAAAAACUGGACCCCAUUUCUUUUCUAAAUCGAAACAGCAUGGUCGGACCUUCCCUUGACAACACCUCAAACCGCCACCUCAAACCGCCGUCCUCCUCUUCCACCGCUACCACCAUCAAGUUCCUUUGCAGCUACGGGGGCAAGAUCAUUCCCCGUUAUCCUGACGGCAAACUCCGUUAUCAUGGUGGAGAAACUCGCGUUCUCGCCGUUGACCGCUCCAUUUCCUUCUCUGAGCUGUUGUUGAAGCUUGGGGAGUUGUGUGGGACGAGAGUGAGUCUCCGUUGUCAGUUGCCAAAAGAGGAUCUAGACGCUCUGGUAUCGAUCACCUCCGAUGAGGAUCUAGCUAAUCUCAUCGAGGAAUACGAUCGAGCUGCAACCCCAAAGAUCAGGGCCUUCCUUUUCAUGCCUAAAAAAAUCUCUUCUCCUCUUUCCUCUUCGUCGUCAUCGUCGUCGUCUUCUUCAUCAUCAUCACCAUCUAAUAGCUAUGCUGCCACUGUUGGUUCAGCGGUUUCAACUUCUACACCGAGAUGCUACCAUCAGUUCCCGAAGCCGGUAGCGUAUCCCGUGAAGAAGAUCAUUCCUCAUCCUUACUAUGGUUACCAUGUUUAUGGAAACCCUAGCCAUGCCUACAUGGUUCACAACGGGCGUCAUUGGCAAUAGCUGCUCCGGAACUGAACUGAGACAUAUGAGAAGAAAUUGAAAUAUAAAUAGUAAAAGAAAGGGAAAAAAUAUAUUAAAAAAGAAAAGGAAUGGAGCUACCGGAAGCAUAUAUAUGAAUUGUAAUUUGGGGACUGUAAAUCGUUUAGAAGGAUUUGCUUUUUGGUCCGUGGAAAUUAAUGAAUUUUCAGUCCAAUUUCCGA